CCAAUCAUAGCGUCCCACGUCCCCAAAUUCAAUUGAAUCACUUCUUCGUCGUCUUCAUCUUCGUCUUCUCCACCCAAGCAAGGAUCUGAAGCAAAUUCAUAUGAGCUUCGAUAGGCGGCGACCAAAAUUCUAACCCUCAGCAGGAGUUUUCCGGAAAGGAAGAAUUGAUGCUGCAGAGAAUCAUUGAUUUAGGGUUUUACUACUAUUCCAUUUGGGCGAGCAGCGGGUACUCCACUCCCAUAUGGGCCGUUUUGAUCGCCGGGGUUUUCGUUGGCACAACUCUCACCCUUUCGGUGUACCUCCUAUUCGAGCACCUCUCUUCGUACAAGAAUCCCGAGGAGCAAAAGUUUUUGAUUGGAGUUAUACUGAUGGUGCCUUGCUAUGCUGUUGAAUCAUUUGUAUCAUUGGUAAACCCAUCAAUCAGUGUUGACAUUGGGAUCCUUCGUGAUUGCUACGAAUCCUUUGCUAUGUAUUGCUUUGGGAGGUAUUUAGUUGCUUGCUUAGGUGGAGAAGAGAGGACGAUUGAAUUUAUGGAAAGGGAAGGACGUGCUGGUUUAAAAGCCCCACUUCUUGAUCAUGGCACUGAAAGGGGAAUUGUGAAGCAUCCCUUUCCAUUAAACUAUAUAUUGAAGCCCUGGAAGCUCGGUCAGUGGGUUUAUCAGGUCAUCAAAUUUGGAAUCGUUCAGUAUAUGAUUAUAAAAGCACUUACAGCUAUUACAGCUGUAAUUCUUGAAGCUUUUGGUGUAUAUUGUGAGGGAGACUUCAAAUGGAAUUGUGGGUACCCAUACAUGGCUGUGGUUUUGAAUUUCAGUCAGUCAUGGGCUUUGUAUUGCUUGGUUCAUUUUUAUGCCAUCACAAAAGAUGAGUUGGCACACAUUAAACCACUGUACAAGUUUUUGACAUUCAAAUCAAUUGUGUUCUUAACUUGGUGGCAAGGUGUGGCGAUAGCACUUUUCUAUGCCAUUGGUUUAUUUAAAAGCCCAAUUGCUCAGUCUCUGCAGUUUAAAUCAAGCGUCCAGGAUUUCAUUAUUUGUAUUGAGAUGGGCGUUGCUUCUGUGGUUCACCUUUAUGUUUUCCCCGCGAAGCCUUACGAGUUAAUGGGGGAUCGUUUUUCUGGAAGCAUUGCAGUGCUGGGGGAUUAUGCAUCUGUGGAUUGUCCUCUCGAUCCCGAUGAGAUUAGGGACAGUGAACGCCCAACCAAGUUGCGCCUUCCAGAACCUGAUGAUAACCCCAGGAGUGGAAUGACCUUCCGAGAAAGCGUCCGGGAUGUUUUCAUUGGUGGAGGGGAAUAUAUUGUGAAUGAUGUGAGAUCCACGGUGACUCAAGCAGUGGUGCCUGUAGAGAAGGGUAUCACGAAAUUCAACCAGAAACUCCACAAGAUCUCUCAGAACAUAAAGAAGCAUGAAAAAGGGAGGCGAACAAAAGAUGACAGCUGCAUAGACACGUCUACGCCAGCACGCCAAGUUAUCAGAGGAAUUGAUGACCCCCUCUUAACCGGGAGUGCCAGUGACACUAGUGCUUCGAGGAGACGAAAACAUCGCCGAAAAUCCGGAUACACGAGCGCAGAGAGCGGCUGCGAAAGCAGUGGCGACCAGACUUAUGGUGGAUACGAGAUUCGCGGGCGGAGAUGGGUUGUCAAGGAAUAGUCGAGAACAGAAAUCUCUAAUGCUUUGGGGCAGUGUCCCAAGGGAGGUCGGCAUUUUGUAACGCAGUUGCAUUUGUAUUGAUUGGCAAUGGCGUAUGUGUUGAUAUUUAGAUUGGUAAUGGUGGAAGAGAUUAUUUAGCAAAAUGGGCUGUAGAUUCUGUGCUGAAAUUUGAUCAUCUGCAUUGCAAAGAAGUAUGAACUAGUAUUGUUGUAUAGCACCAAGUAGAGAAAAAAACAGAAAAAAGGGACAUAUCUGUUUUGUGGGAGUGUCAUCAUCUCAUCUCAUCUCAUCUCAUGUCAUGUAUGAAUAAUACGAAGCUUGUGUCGUAA